UUUAUUUUUAGUACCUAACUCGAAAAAUUGCGCGAAAUGAAACUGGCAGUUGUCAGGUGAGUACCUCGUUGGCCGCAACCAACGCCGGGGUCGUAAGAUUACUCGUUCGACGUUUUGACUUUACGAGUUGGAUAUUUUUGUAUACAAAAGUUUUUGUGUAGUGCUAUUUUGUUAUAAAGAUUGUAGUUCUCCAUUUAAGGUUUAUUUUGGUUGUCAACCAAGAAUCAGUAAACUGGUGGAUGUCAGAGCCUUUUUCUUCACUCUCCAAUUGAAUCAAUUGAGAAGCAAUGGGAAUAUAACUGGUUGAUAUUUUUACUUGGAAAGAGAUCGUCGACAGUUUUCGAACAAAGGCCGCUAUGUUGCUGCGAGCCAUUAAAAUUUACUGGAGAACGUUGUUCGUUUUAAUCUACCCGUUAGCUCUAUUGCCAGUUUUUUUAACAAAUAACACAUCCGCCUUCAGAUGUCUCUACGUAGUGCUUCUUAUGGCAGGCUAUUGGGUCUUCGAAGUGCUUCCCCUCCCAGUAACAUCACUUAUACCAGUGGUCUUGUUUCCUCUUAUGGGAAUUCUCGGUACAGACCAAACGUCACUGUGUUAUUUAAAGGAAACAAAUAUGAUGUUUGUCGGGGGCUUGAUUAUAGCAAUAGCUGUUGAACACUGUAAUCUCCAUAAAAGAGUAGCUUUGCAUGUGAUAAGACUCGUAGGUUGCAGUCCAAGAAGAUUGAAUAUUGGACUCUGUUCUGUCACUAUGUUUGUUUCUAUGUGGAUAUCAAAUACAGCUGCUGCAGCUAUGAUGAUUCCAAUUAUAGAAGCAACGUUAAAUGCAUUAGAAGAGCAGGGCAUAGGCGAGGUAUUUGAAAAAAAAGAUCUUGAAGGUGAAUUCAUAACUGUAGAUAAUGGCGAUAUGGAGAAUAGACGACCAACAAGGACAACUAUGUGUUAUUUUAUUUCCACUGCUUAUGCUGCUAGUAUUGGAGGAAUGGGUUGCAUUAUUGGUUCAGGAACCAACCUUACAUUCAAGGGAUUAUAUGAAACGUACUUUCCAGAAAGUCCAGGUGUGGAAUUUACAAAAUGGAUGAUUUUGAAUGUACCUAUUAUGUUAAUGAUAAUGUACUUGGGAAUUAUAUGGCUUCAGUUCUGGUAUAUGGGAUUAUUUAGACCCAAUUCGGUAGAUGCUAAGAAGAUAAAAGUUGGUUCACAAGGAGAAGCGGUUGCUAAAAAGCUCAUUACCCAUCAACUAGAGCAAUUAGGUCCUAUGUCUUUCCAUGAGAAAGCCAUAGGUGUAUGCUUUCUGUUAUCAAUUAUUUUGUGGUUCUUCAGGAAGCCACAGUUUGUACCAGGAUGGGCAGAACUCAUCACUGAACAUAAAGUAAAGGACGCAACCGCAGCGUUAAUAGUCGUAAUGAUAAUGUUUAUUGUCCCCUCCAAACUCGAUUUCAUUUAUAUGUUUAGCAGUAAUGAGCAAAAGAGACCAAAAGCUCCUUCUCCUGCUCUUAUUUCUUGGAAAAUCGUUCAACAGAAAAUGCCUUGGGGUCUACUCUUUUUACUUGGUGGUGGUUUUGCCAUGGCUGAAGGGUCCAAAGCCAGUGGAAUGAGUCACAUGAUAGCUCAACAUCUUAGAGGGUUCACUUCAUUAAAUAAGUAUUACGUUAUGUUGAUUUCCGGAUGCAUGGGAUCUUUUCUCACCCAGUUUUCGAGUAAUGUUGCAUGUGCCAAUGUUAUUUUACCGGUACUAGCUGAAAUGUCUGUGGAUGCCAAAAUUCAUCCGAUGUAUCUCAUGAUGCCCGCUGCACUGUGUUGUUCCUUUUCAUAUUGUCUUCCAGUAUCAACUCCUCCUAACGCAAUUGCAGCAGCCCCAUGCAACAUGCCAUCUAAAGAAAUGACAAAAGUUGGUAUCGGAAUGACGAUAAUUUCUUUAUUGGUGCUAUUUACCGUUUUUCCUUUUUACUCAAGACUUAUAUGGGACGUAGAUACUUUUCCUAUUUGGGCAAAAGAUGAUUAAAAAUUUAGUACUGCCUACUUUAACUGUUUUAUCCAAAACUUUAUGGAUAGAGAAAAUUUUAUUUAAUUUCUUUUGUACAUUCUAUACUGUACUACAAACAAUUUGCCUUUUUAUUUAAAACAAUUUUUUACUGAUUAAGAUUUAGAGAGAGUUAAGGUGGGUGAAAGUGAAAUAAUAUUCAAAUGAAUGUUUGUAUUUUAUUGAUAUAAGUCACCUUUUAGAGAAAUUUUACCUCGCGUAACGUAGAUAUGGAUGUGUCACUUAAAGUUAAUUUUAUUUUUCAAAAAUGCCAUAAAAGUUUAGACAAUGGUGUUAACGCCACCUUAGAACUUUUGUUAUGGUAACAAUUUGAUGUUUUAAAAUUAGUAGAUUAUGGACACUAUAAUUGAAUCAGCUGUCAAUGUUUUCAUAUAUAUCCGUAGUGAAUAGUGCCCUGUUGGAGAUAAAACAUUGAAUUCCAAUAAAUUAAGUCAAGGCAUCAAUUAGGAGCAAAAAAGGAAAUCUCUUAUUUGCGGCAAAGUAACAUCAAUAUUAUUUUAAAUGUGUAAUGAGUAUAUUUAACAUUUAUUGUUGAAAAGAUAUUCGAUUUUUUGAUAAUGAACGAUUCUUCCCCUCAAUAGAGAAUAACUUUGAAAUGGAUAUUGCAUUAUUAUUUAUUAAUUUAGGUAUAACCAUUUCACUAAACUUUUAUUGUAGUUCACUAUUGAAAUAUAGAUACAAAAGUUGAAAUAAUUGAUUUUCUUUUGAUUCUUCACAAAGUUGCUUUGAAACAGGUAGCUAUUUUAUCUUAGAUACAUAUAUACUACAGCUUUGAAUGUACACAUUGGUCGCAUUUAGCGGACGAAACCGUUAUGCAACUGUUGUAAAAUCCUAGCGGAUACAUUCGCUGGCGCGUACGCUACAAACUCAACACGUUCUGGAGCGGCCGUCAUGUUUCUUAACGCUUUUAUUUUGUGCUAGGUAGCGGUAGCGGAACUGAAACUUGACAAAAGUGAACAAAAACUGAGACAGAACAAGACCCGAAAUUUGUUAAAACAACUGUGUGCCGUGACCAAACGUUAAGUUGUAGCUUUCUAAAAGAAAACUGAUUGAAUUUGGUCGAGAGAAUGAGAAAAAUAAAUUGGAGCUCCAUAAAUUAAUCGCAUAAUUUAGUUUUAAUAUACAUACAUCGUAAUUUAAAAAAAACUAGACAAAGUACCGCAACAUAAUGAACACUCGUCAAGUUCAAUAAAAAUAAUUUCGUUUGAAUACACUUAACCAAAAACAUAAUAUAAAUCAAAAACAGCGAGCCAGCGAACGUUUAGCACGUUCCCGAUCACUCCGCUGAAUGCAGCUAUAAUAAUUCGGACAAUAUUUCAAUUUUCCAACUUUUUUAUUUAUCAUUAUAUGAUUAGUAGACAAUUGAUGGGCUUCCGAAGUAUUAUUGUUUCUAACUAUUUCUCUACGUGAUAUUUUUUACAUUUAAACUUUAGUUUUUAAGCCCAAAAUCAGUCUUUGUAUAUUCAAUAACUCCAAUAAAUUACUCAAAUAUUAUGCACUCAUACAGUUGAUGUUAAAAUAUUUAAGGAAUAAGUUACUUGAAUAAAAAACACCGAUUUCACCUGAGUGAACUGAUUCAGUACCUAAUCGUCGUCUGAGCGUCCGUUUUACUACACUCUCCAUGUAUUAAUAGCAUGAUAACUUUUUUAUUUUGUUUUAUGAAAGCGAUUUUCCAUUUUAAUUAUAAAAACUGAUUAUUUUGUAAUAAAACCUGCAAUGACAUUCUAAAUAUCUACAUAUUAAAAACAGAAAUUUAUUUUAGAUCUAAUACAAAAUACAAAAAAUCGCUCAUAAACGCUGAUAUCGUAGUAACAAAGUAUUUGGGAAAGCUUUCAUAUUUGGUGAACAGGGUCGACUGCGGAAAUAAAAAAUCUGAAUGAAAAUCAGAAAACUAUAGGUAUAUACUUUUUUAUUUACAAAUUGACAAACCAAUGUGCAUAAUGCUUAAGACAGCAAUUCCCUUCCUAUUUUGUGCCAUGCUUCACCCAAACCCUUCUAAGGUUCUCAUGUCCCCCUAUGUAACAACUAUUUCUUUUUUUUACCAGUUAAUAAAUCACAGCACUAAAUCCACACAGGUAAAUAUGAAGAUAGAAACGGAAAAAAUAGUUUUCUAGUACAUUUGGUUGAAUUUGGGUAUUUUAUAUCAGUUUCUUCACAAAGUUAUGCCAUCGAUCUUUUUAUAUUAAAUAAAGUUUUAACUGACUCAUCAUCUUGCACUUCUGCGAGCUCCUCUUGAUACUGCAUAUUUGAUAAAUCCGACAAAUCCACUAAUAUUGGCUGCAUUAUUCAUGUUGGAAAAUCAAUUUGUUUUAAAUCAGAAAAUUUUUCUUUUAAAUAAAUGACAAGUAAAAAAAUGAAGAGAUUUUUACGAAUGAAAUAUUCAGAAGUAAAUGAAAUUAGCUGAAAGAGUCAACAAUAACAAAAUAUAACUUAAUACAACUUAAAUUAGAAGCAAAAUCUCUCCGUAAAAUUAUAACAUUAAUUAAACAAAAACCUAAAUUAUUACUAAAUCUAAAUACACACGUGGCUGUGAAGAAAAGAAAUGCUUCUCAGACUCAGUCAUCUGACUCAAAGCAAAAGGGUUAAACUAGUGUCGAGUCCAUUUCCGAACUGCUCCCUUUUAAAAUCAAAUUGCUCUCCUGUGGGGCGUGGGCCCCAUGUUAGGAAACACGGCCUUAAGUACUUUAUUGAAGCUAUUCACGACACCUAUGACUGUUCCUAACUACUUUGAAAACGAAUUUAAUCGUCAACAAAUUCAUACUUUGAGAGUAAUUUUACGUCAUUUUCUAUGGCCUAGAUAACGUCGCAGCAAUCAACAAUAAAAAACAUUAUUUCGAUAAUAGAACUAUAAUGGCGUCAGAAUUGAUAUUUUAAUAUUUUAUAUAAUUUAUGUAUUUAUUUGAAUGAAUAAUUCUCAACGCUCGUAAUAAAACUGGUUUUAUUGAUAACUAAUAUUAAAUAAUUCAAAUUUAAACCUUAUAUAACCCAUCUAAAUCUCAAUUACCUACAUAAAAAAUUGAAAACUUAUAGGGGUAGCCCAGUAUUGUUAUUAGUGUAGUUAUUUUAGUACAGACUGAUUUCGUCACUAAAUAGAGUUCAUACUGGUAGAGAGAGUUAUCAAUGUUGAACUUAUUUCACUCAUAACAUAUCAUUAUUAAGUCUAAAUACAUAGAGUAGUAAUGUAGCAAGUGUAAUAAUGUAAUUGCUGUAAGUAUUGUACAAUCACCGUCAUCAAUAUGAUUGUAAUAUAAGAAGUAUUGAAACCAAGAUUUAUAGAAGAAAAGAAAUCAGAAAUAUGAACAGCACAACACUAACAAAUAAAGCGUACUCUUACAUUUCUUAGUUCAAUUUGAAGUUAUUCUAUUCACUGGAUAAAUUCAAAUAAUGUAAUUACUAUAACAGUUCAUUGAAUACAUGAAAAGUAAUCACCGUUUACUAUAUUUUUAGCUCAUUCACUAAUAAUAGUACCAAUUUGCUCAUUACUUCAAUCCCAGCUUCAUGAAUUUGAUUAGAGAAAUAAGAUUAGGUGUUUGUUCUUCAGUAGUAUAUCAACAAGAUAUUGUUUUCACUUUAUAUGUAAAUUAAGCAUAAUCUCUACUAGUGAACUCCAGACAUGACAUUAGGGUUGGAAUCACGGUGCUAACAUUUUUUCAAUAGUCUUUACUUCUUGAUAGUUUUUGCACCUUGCUAAGUACGUUGCUUCAUAAAUUUUGUUCAAAGGCACGGAUGACUGCAAAUGUAUCUACUAGAAACAUGUACUUUCAAGAACUCGAGAAGCACAGUCAAAAAUAUAAGGUGCUUUGUUUGAGAUGGAACUUUGACAUUGACUUUUGUACAUCACUGUAUAUAAAUAAUUCAUUUUCAUUUUACAGUAUGGAAACGUGAAUUAAAAACGAUUGUGGUAAAAUUGAUCGCAGGGGAGAACAAAACUCAAUAAAGAAAUUGAAUUGACAUAUCCUGAUAAUAAAGUUUUCUAUUUUAUUUGUUAUGAUAAAUUUCUUUGGCUGCAUUUGUUGUAACUUUAUUACAUAUAAAUAAAUAAAUUUCUCCUCUCUACUACUCUCUGCAAAACAGGCUAAAUAUGCAUAGCAGGGAACUUGAAAAUGCUAAUAUGAUUUCCUGUAGUUUCUUCUGUUGUAAUAUUGCAUGUCUUGUUUAUUAUUAUUAUUUGCCAUUUAGUUAAUUAUUUAUGAAACUAAUGAUACCAAUGUCAAUACUUGUCUUUCUUCUAAGAAAAACGUGAGGAAACUUUCAGUUUUUACCUUAAUUACCAUUUAGGAAGGUAUAAACUCAAAAACGCAGAAAUUUUAUGAUUUUUACCUCCAUGCAUAAGUUAAUUUUCCAUUGGUCUUAACAAGUAAAUUUAUUUUUCAACAAAAUCUCAAAGUAUAUAUGGUUCACUGAUUGUGCAAAUAUAUAGAGAAUACUGACCACAAGGUGAAUUUCAUAACAUUUUUUCUCAAAAUCGUUUGCAGCAGUUCUUUUGUUAUUUCCAGAUUUUACAUAUUACUCUUCGGAUAUUUAUGUGCUUCAUUAAGUUGUGUAGCGUACAUUCUUUCUUUUCUGCAUUCCAUCUUCUGUCGAUGUAACGAAUUUUUCACUUGCAUUCCAAUUAUUUUACAUGAAUAGCACAUGUUGAGUAUGUUCAUUGAAAAGCAUUUGAGUAAUUGUAACCAAUAUACAUAUCGAUUAUCGCAUUGACGUGAAGAGUAUAUGAAUACUUUUCUAAAAAAUAAACUAUGAAUGAAAUAAAUAAUGAGUGGUAACCUUAACCACAAUUUUGCAUUCUCAUUUAGUGUAAAUUUUAGUUUAAGUAUAUAUUUAUUUAAAAAUUUGUGAAUCUACCUAAUAGUAUGAACAAAUUGUAUUUUUAUCAAAAUAUAAAGUAAUUAAACUAAUGUUGAAA